UAACUUUAACUUUUUUUGCUGCAAUUAAAUUUUAUUUUGUGACAGGAGCCACAAACAUCAAAGAAAACGGAUGUCCUGCAUGUAAUUCAUAUUUAAAUUUGUUACCGAUAAAGAUUUCGUAAUUUCAAAUCAAUCUUAGGCUGUAAUUCACUCCAUCAAUUGGAAGAAGAAGAAGACGAGACCAUGUCAGUACAAGUCGAACGACUAAACGGUGAUACUACGCUUACUCAGAAUAGUGAUUCUUUGGAGAAAGCGUUCAAUGAUCUUUGUAAUGCCUGUCGUACUGGAGAUAUUGAAGUAGUUGAGACAUUAUUAUCCAUCCCCAAUUUAGAUGUUAAUCAAGUGGAUAAGUUUGAUUAUUCUCCAUUGAUUCUUCUGUCUCUUUGUGGUCAUUUGAAAGUAGUGGAAUUGUUACUAUCUCGAGGAGCAGUUUGUGAUAGAGAUACAUUUGAAGGAGCUCGUUGCAUAUAUGGAGCUCUAACCGAUGAAAUCAGGGAUGUAUUAAUAAGUUUUGAUGUGUCUAAAGCAGUUGAUUUGAAUCAACCAUUCGCAAGUCAUAUUUCAUCCUUACUUAACAUAACCAAUGAGAUCAUUACUAAGGAUAUUAUAUUCCAAGUUGGUGCUGAAAAUUUGAAAUUAAAUCGGUUCUUAUUAGCAGCAAGAAGUCAAUAUUUUCAAAAUAAGUUAUCAACUGAAUGGAAAGAAAAGUCAAUUAUAAACAUGACACCAGAAGAUUAUUCAGUAUUGAAAUCGAUUGUUAAUCAUCUAUAUUUAAGAACCGCCGAUAUUGAAACCGAGGAAAUUCAAGAUAAGCUUAUUCAAAUGGCUACUGAAUUUGGAUUGAAUGAUCUAGCAGAUAAUAUAAAACUUUUAAAACUUGUACGAGAUAAUAAAAGUAAAUCAAAAUUAAAACAUGAUAUGGGAUUGAGAAAAGUUGAAAAGGCUAGAAAGGAUUUAGAUACUUUCUUACAGAGAAAUAUUCUCGGUGAGAAGCUAGUUAUAGAAGUUGAACUUCCUGACGAAGAGGAGCUUGAAGAUUUGGAUUGUUCUAAAUUCAUCACCAUAGAACAAAAGCAAAAUCUAAUGACUGCUUCUUCAAUUCCAGAUAUCAUAGUAGCUUCAAUUGAUUAUGAUACCGAAUCAAUUGCAUAUUAUCCUGUUAAUAAGUCUAUUCUUGCUCGUUCGGAAUACUAUGAUACAAUGUUGAAAUCAGAAAUAUUCUUAGAGUCUAAUAGAGAAUUACCUUUAUUAAAGGACGAGAAGCUUGAAUUUGACGAUGUAAUUAAUCGUGCUUCGUUGGUUGAUGAAGAUGUACCGAUAAUUCGAAUUUCAACUACAUCAGCUAAUUCUGAAGUGGCAGAAAUGAUUCUUUCUUAUUUAUAUCAUGAUAAUAUUCCUAAUAUUCCGCUUAAUCUAACUGUUGAAUUAUUAUUUGUGGCGGAUGAGUUAUUCCUUGAUAGAUUAAAGACUAUGUGUGCUGUUAAUAUUUCUUCCAGCUUUGAUAAAUUCAAUCAAGAACAAUUUGUAAGUAUUAAAGACAGUGUGGGAUAUAAUAUAUAUGAUUUGGUUAGGGUAUCAUGGAAAACAAGAAGUGAUAAAUUAGAACAUCAUGCAUCAAAAAUGAUUGCUCAUAAUUUGGAAUACAUUUACCAGAAUGACAAAGAAAGAUAUCUAUUCGCUGAUUUGGUGAGAGAAAGUGCUAAUAGAAUCAAAGAAAGACAUGAAACUGAUACAAUCGAACUUAUUGAUGAUAUUAGAUACUAUUUAUCUAAGAAGUAUGCUUUAGGAGAUGAAUUUGAAGAUCUUGAUCCUGUUCGUGUGUUAUAUAAAGCCCAACAGAAAUCAAAAGGAGAGGGAGUUGAAGAAAUGAUUGAACCAUUCCCCAGAGAAGAAUUAAGAAUUUAUAAGAAUGCAAGAAUGAAUUACGAGAGAGAUAUUGAAAGAAUCGAUACUCUAUUGGAUAACUUGCAAUUAGAUGCUUAAACUUUUAUAUCAUGUUUAAAUAGAAGUAAAUAUAAACAAUUGCAAAAAUUGCAAAAACUAAAAUCACGUGACUGAUUUUUCACCACUUUAAAAAAAAAAGUA